UUCUUAUUGUAUUACAAUGUUUUCCAAUCUAGGGGGCAAGGGUGUCGCAAAUGCUUUUUCUGGAACGAAGCUCUUUGUUAACAAUGACAUACCGGAGGUCAAUGACUUCCUGCAACGGUAUGAUGGAAGAGGACCAGUUGAGAGGAUCCAAGCUGCAAACACACUGUCGGUUCAAACCAAUCCAUCUGACUUUUUCAAAGACUGCAGUUAUGUGCCGUUAAAUGAUUACAUGCUACAUGAACCCGAUGACAAUUAUGCUACCUAUGCAACAAUAGACAGUAUUGAACCUGAUGAAGCAUGGUGGUACUCUGCUUGCAAACCUUGCAACAAGAAAGUAAAAAGUGAUGAGAAAGGAUUAUGGUGCCCGGACUGUGGAGAAAACCCAAAAUCACUCACUGCAAAGUUCAAAGUCUAUGUUCGUGUUGUGAAUGACACUGGGUCAACAUGCUUCACAUUGUUUGACAGCCAUAUCAAACAACUGAUUGGACAUAGUGCACUUGAUAUGAGAAAGCGGUAUUUAGAUGACCUUGCUAGCAUCCCUGAUGAGCUGAAUGAGAUUGUGGGCAAAUCUUUCCUAUUCAAGUUUGCGAUAGAGCCGUAUAACAGGACCGGAGAUUUUCAUUACUAUACCGUUGUGGCUCUCACCGAGGACAGCCAGACUGUUGCGGCAUUCAAGAACCACUUUGGCGUUGAGACGGAACUUGUAUCCGACACAUUUGUACCACCCCCACAUGCUAAUUACAUUACAGCUGGACGCAGUUCCGUCAAGGAUUCCAUGUCCGUACUGGGUGACACUGUUAGCACUGCGGAUAGUCCACAUGGUAAGCGCCCCCAUCCAGAUGCUGAAGUUCAAACUGAAACUAAUGCUGCCCCUGAAUCCAGCAAGUCUUCGACAAACAAGAUACGCAGGUGACUAACCGUUCAGAGUGAUGAAGAGUAUUAGAAAUGGAGGAGAUGUCAGCAACCCCGGAGUUCUAAACUUAUCGAAUAAUGCAAUUUGUUUGCCCUUUAAUUAAACUUGGAUUUUGUUUCUAUAUGCCUCGGUUUUUAUGUUGUGUUUUGACAUUGGAUAUUUUCGACUGUUGAGGCUUUUGACAGUCGAAUAAUGUAGUUUAUUUUGCAUA